AUGUCGGAAGAAGCCGCCGCCAUGACUUCUGAGAACAAGGACGAUCAUGACAACGAUGAAACACCAACCACCACCACGACCACCAUCCAUGCGGCUCCCAUGUCACCCAUGAAAGAGGCUGCCGACUUGAUUCAAAUGCUAGAUAUUACGUGUACGGAAAUGAAUAAUUGUGCAGCCGAUGCAGCUCGAGAUGCUGAGACAGCGCGUAAGAAUGCUCGUGCGGCAUCUGAAAUUGCUCGGCGCUACAUGACACGAUCCUUUCCCAAAAAGACGGAAGCCCCCUUUGGUUUUGGAUUUGGUAUGAUUGAGCCGACCUCUGACUCGGUAGCUUCUACUCUCCAUAUCAAUAUUAAUGAUACUCCUUCUCCAAGAAGGACCACUCGUCCAGUAGCCUACAACAACAACAACAACAACAACAAUAUGGAUUUAGAAUCCAAGGAAAGUGGUUCCUUUGAUGACGAUGAAAUGGAUGCCAUCAUUGAUAGCAGUCCCGCAACACCCUUGGCCAACAAGGACAGUGCCACAGAAGCUUCAUCAAGUGCCGAGCAACAACGGAGAAAGGCGCGACAAAUCUACAAGAGUCCCACCACGCGGGAACGGAUAGCUCAGUCACAUGCCGAUGACGUUUUGACCAUGAACAUUGAACUUGAACGGGCCAAGCAAGCCUUAAAGUCGGAACAACGAAUGCAUCUUCAAACCAAGACCGCGCUUGAAACCAUGCGAUCCAAAAAUAGGGAACUUGAGCAACAAAAGAAUUCCUUGCAAAAGACGGUGGAUACGGAGUUGAAGGAAGGAAUCCAAAACCGACACGAGCUGGAACAUGAACUUCGGCAGUCCAAUCUUCGAUUACAAGCUGCCGAAGACGACGCCCAACUAGCUUUGGAUUUGGCCAAGGAGAGUGCGGAAAAACGAGACGAAAUGGAAAUGGCACUCCAACGAGCUCUUUAUGAGCUUGAACAAUUAAAGUCGGGCAAGUCACCAUCCCCGUCCAAGCGAUCGGUACGAUUUGCCGAUCAAACUCCUCCUCCGCCCCCACCACCUCCUCGGCCACCAAUUGGUACUCCUACUACUAUUGCUACUACUAUUGCUAUUGAUAAUUCACCACGCUCGCUGACACCCCGUUCCAUGGUGGCAGCGGGUCGCCAGCUACUAAUGAAGCACGCGGCGGCGUCUCCCAAAACUACAACUGAAAAUGGAGUGGUCAUGAUGGAUUUCACACCUGCCAAAUCGGCAGAGAAACGACGACGAUUCCGAGAACGCCUGGAACAAUUGGGACUGGAAGAUUCCAUGCCAUCGCCACGGCGGUUGCCAUCGACUCCUCCACCCAAGCCGCCGCCGCCAUUGUCCAGUGAUUUGGAACCAGUGGUGAAUCUUCUCAAGGAAAGUGGAGAGAGAUUGAAUUUGGGAGGCCAGUGGUGGAGAAGUGAGGAUCUGAAUGUAUCCACGGUAACCUCGUUGACGGAAGAUGAUAAUAAUGAAGAUGUUCAUCUGGAGGCCAUGACUCGACAAUAUUGUCAGUCGGUCGAGUUCAAGAUUGAACGACAGACCAAAGACAUCAAUGAACUGGAAUCAUUGUGCGGCUUUUUGGAAAACAAACUAGUUAGAGGGAAUGACUAG